UACAUCUACCCUCCAUGUGACAGGCAGACGGUAGCACAAGGCCGCCACCUCAGCGGAAAUCACGGAUAUGGCUCGAUCGAACGGUAACCCACGCCAUGACGCCGAUUGGGAACCAUAGAGGCUGAAGGGUACCGUGAUGGCUUCGAACAAACACCGAGAAUACGGUGUGUAGAACAGGCUGACUAGAGCUGACUGUUGUUGCAGUUACUUUGCAGUUACUUGCAUAUUGAUUCUCUGAUCGCGUCAAGUUGUACUAUUUCUAUAUGAAAUGAUGCUAUUCGGACAAGCAAGUACAGGCGACGACUUUAUUGUAUAAAUAUGGCCAUGUAUCCUGUGGCUUUGGGGAAUCAUCAACAACAACAAACUCAAUCAGUCAGACAAUCAUCUGAUCCUUCAAUCGGUCAAUCAAUUCAUUGAUCACCAACUUUCUCAAGCAUCAUGCGUUUCUCCAAGCUCAUUCUCCUGGGUGCUCCCCUCCUCGCCAACGCUCUCCCCACUCCGGAUGAGCAGGCCUCUUCUUCCUCUGACGCUGCCGCUGCCGACUACGGUAAAUACAGUCCGUAUGGCACCUACCACAGCUACAAUGGCAAGCGCGAUGAAGCCAAGGACUAUGGUAGCUACAGCCCAUAUGACACCUACGGCUCUUACAAGAGAGACGAAGACGCCGCUGUGAAGGACUAUGGCAGCUACUCUCCCUACGACACCUACGGCUCGUACAAGAGAGAUGAAGCCGCUGACUACGUCCUUAUGGAACAUACCACAGCUACAAUGGCAAGAGAGACGAAACCAAGGACUACGGUAGCUACAGCCCGUAUGACACCUACGGCUCUUACAAGAGAGAUGAAGACGCCGCCGUGAAGGACUACGGCAGCUACUCUCCCUAUGACAC